AUGAAGUCUUUCUUAACUCAAAAUACCACUUCAGGUAACCCAAGUCAUUAUCUUUAUCAAAAUAAUAAACCUGAGCGCCUUAUAGAGGGACAGUCUAAUAAAACGAGAUUAAAGAAGACCUCCACCAAGGGAGGAGAUCGAGGCUAUUAUGGCAGCAUCUUUAGUAUCAUAAAUAAUAUUCAGAUAAAAGAGCAAGAGAGCUACAAGGCUCAAAAUGAGUCUCAAUAUGAUGAUAAUAACCCAACAGACUCUAAUAAGCAGUUUGAGAGACAACAAACUAUAAAUAAUGAACUCAGACUAAUUCUUUUGGGAGAUAAAAAGAAGAAAAGCAAUCGGGAUAUCUUAAAAUAAACCUCUGGGAAAUGAAGAGCAACGAAGGGAUGAGCACCUUUUGAAUGAACUUCUUAACAAUAUGAAGGUCACCGAUUUCAAUUCUAUCUAUAAGAAGUCUCUGAAAAUAAAGGAGUCAUUGAAGCCUCAAUCGCUUCUAAAUUACAAAUAAAUCAAGCCAUUCUACACAACUUUCCAAAGGGCUUUUGCUAAACAUGGAAAACAGCAAAAUUAAAAAGAAUAGAAGGAAGCUUGAUAAGGAGAAAUUAGCUGCAAUGAGGAAGAGAACAAAGAGGCUAAAAUAUCUCUACAGGAAAAGGGCUAAAGGGGCCAGUAUCAAUCUUCACACUAUUGAUAGAUCAUCCCCAACAGAGUCUCGGCAAGACCAGAUGAGAAGAAUUAUGCAAUAUGAACACUAUAUUUGUAGAAAAAUAGGACUGAUGAAGGCUCAACCUGACCAGCAGGACCCAUCUCUUAAAUGUGAAGGGCUCAUAACCUCUAUUCAAAAGGAGGAAGAAAAAGAGCUAAAAGAGCUUAUAGAAUACUUUGAUAAAGAAGAUGACUAUUCAAGAAAUACCCUUAGUUAUAAAGUAAACCAAGCUAUCGGAAGCCGGAAUAAAAGUGUAGAUGAAACUAUGCCGAUAGAUGAAACUAAAGAUGAGGACCAAAAGAUUUCAGCAGAGUUUAGUGUAUCACAAAGUGAUAUUGAAAGCCCUCCUGAAGAGCUUAGAAAGAAACUAAACCCUCUCUAUCUGAAAAAUCUUAGUUACUGAAGAGCAAAGCCUAAAAUGAAAUUCAUAAAAGGCUUUGAUAGUAUAAACUAUAAGGAUCUUCGAGGCAAAAGAAGGUCUAGUGAGUUAUCUAAGAGCUUCAACAAAUCGAUUAACCACAAUCCCUUGAAUAGCAUGAAUAACAAGAAGAGGGGAGUCCUUGCUUCCAUCGAGAAGAGAAAUCUCAUUGCGAAUAACUCUUUUGAGAAAGAUAGGAAAACAAUGCUUAACCAAGAUGAUAAAUGAGGUUACAAAUCUAUUUAAGAUGGAAAUUUCCCACUAAUUUCAAACCCUAGCGCUGGAGCUGAAGGAAUUCAUCUAAGUCCGAGUAAGAAAAAUAUCACUAUUGCUAAGAAAUUGAAUGGCAUUAUUGAAGAAGAUACAAAUCGAGGAAAACCUAAAUCAAAAAUGGCUACUAGGCCUGCAAUGAAAAAUUGGUUCAAACAGACAGAUCCUUCAGAAUUUUCCAAAAGGCAAACUUGGUAUCUUAAUGAGGUUGAUAAAUUCAUAAAAUCUGGAAAUCCAGUCAACUCACAACAAAAGAAUAGCCGUUUAGCUCUUGAAAAAUAGAGAAAUUAUGAAGAAAAUAGCGAAAGGUAUUUCUGUAACAGAGAAAGAACUCAAAUAAAGUGUCGAAGAAUAAGGACUCUAUUCUUAGUACAUCCUCUGUUUACAACUCAUAUCUUCUAAAAACUCUUUGCCAGUUCAAUGAUCCUUAUAUCCAAGAGAAGUACAAUAGAUACAAAUAGAAUAAUUGAGAGAUAAAUGUAGGAUGAUAUACUUGAACCACUGAAUCAAUUCCCAGACAGGAGAGAUAAGGAGUUCUUGAGGCUCCUUCCUCGGUUGAGCUGUAUGGUGGCCUGGAGAACGAUUUUGGGGAUUUGGUAGUUUUCUAGGUUAGCUUGGUUCAUCCUCCACUUUGAUGGUUUUUGCUCUAACACAAGCACCAGGCGUAGGAUGCCAAACUUCCUCCAACCUACUUAUCGAUACAGCAAACAAGAAUAAUCCUGGUAGAUUGCUCGAUGUCCUAAAAUUUUGAAACUUUAGACAAAGCUCAUACAAUAACAGAAGUACUCUCAAAUCAUGCAGUGUUCAAAAGUCAUAGCAAAAACUCUCUAUU